GCCCGAGCAGGGACUUUGGGAUUAGUUUUCGUUUUAAAUCGUUGUUCGACCAGAACGCUGUUCGCGAGUUAAAGCCGCGAAAAAACCGCCAAUCGACAAUCCAGAAGGAAGAUCACGGAAUUGGAGACCGCCAUCCACACCUACAACCGAAGCAGAACAUGGACAUUGAGUUGCCAACGCCCAGGGAAGUGGAUUCAUCCGACGACCAGCUUCAUCGCAAGACGUGGCGUUCCGCUGAGGAUGUAUUCCGACAACGGGACAAAUUUCGUCGGAGCCCGGAACGAGCUGCAGAGGCUUCAGGAAGCGUUCGAGGAGCAGCAGUCCAGCCUGAGGACGUUCGCAGCGGAGCAAGGGAUGGAGUGGAAAUUCAUCCCCCCGCGAGCACCGCACUUCGGCGGUUUAUGGGAGGCGGCAGUCAAGUCGGCAAAGCUCCUGAUCGUGCGGCAGGUCGCGGACGCCGCGCUCACCGAGAGCGAGGUGAGGACCGUGUUGGCCGAGGCCGAGGCCAUCAUGAACUCCAGGCCGCUCACUCCAGCCAGUACGGAUCCGAACGACGGAGAGGUGCUGACGCCAGGCCAUUUUUUAAUCGGCCAGCCCCUUCGUUCGCUGCCGCAAGAGUGCGAGCCAGACGGACGGAGCAGCGGUACCACCUUUACCAAGAGGUGGCAACUACUCUCAGAGCUCAAACGACGGUUCUGGCAGGCUUGGUCGAAGGACUACGUCCACAACCUGCAAGCACGCAGCAAAUGGCAAACCCCAGAGGCCAACAUCGAGGUCGGCGCCAUGGUGGUGGUCCACAACGACCAUACGCCGCCGCAGCGGUGGAUCACCGGCAGGGUCACCAGCGUCGUCGUGGGAGCAGACGGCAAGGUCAGGGUGGCAGAGGUGCGAACAGGAGGGGGCGUGAUUAGACGCCCGAUCCAUAAGCUGGCACUUUUGCCGAUAUGUUGAAGCCCGACGUGCGGUCGUUCAAGGCGGCCGGAAUGUCGUUACACAAUAGAAUAAGAGUAAAUAAGUAGAAAACCAAUGAAGUUAUGUAUGGAAUGUAAUGUAGUUCGUAAGGUUACGACAUGAAGUCCCGCCACUGUAAAUCAUAGCAACAUG